GUAUGUGGGCACCCCCUAUUAGGCAAACGUUAAGGAGUAGUGUUGAGGGAAAUAUGUCAACUUUUAAUUUUAAAUGUUUUAGGAGUAUGCUGUAAAUCCCCUACUAGUUUUUGGACCCGCUCUAGUCUUGCAUCAAAGAAAACGUGUGGGAACCUUAGUUUGCAGUGACUUUUAGGAAUGGGCUUUUAGAUUCUGCUGGUCGUUUAACUUUUAGACCCCGCGUGCAAAGACCCUGAAAGGUUAAACAGAGUGAUUUGUUUUUAUCCCGUUUUAAACGCGGUCAGACGAAAGUGAACGAACGAAUAUAAUAUAGAUUGAAAAAUGCAUAUAGUUUGCUGUCAAGCAUGGAUCUGCGUUGUACAAAUGCGAUUUAUUGUUAUUAUCAUGUCUACAGAGACGGGCUUCAGCGGCCGUGGACUUUUUCCGUGGCUGGGACGAUUAUAAAAACGGAUUUGGCGACCUGGACGGCAACUUCUGGUUUGGCUUAGAAAAGGUUCACCAGCUGACAAAUCAGGGGCAAUACGAACUGAGGUUCGAUUUCGAAUAUGAGGGACUCUACUAACUACAACGCCACCUACAGCAGCUUUUCGCUGGAUGGAGAACCGGACAACUACAAGAUUCGGAUAUCCGGAUUUUCAGGGAAUGUUGGGGACAGGAUGAGGUAUCACAAUGGUCAGCCGUUCACAACCAAGGACCGUGACAACGAACGCUACUACUACAACUGCGCCGUUGGACACCACGGAGCUUGGUGGCACGAGUUCCAUCCCUGCAGUUACGUGAACCUCAACGGGGAGUGGGCCAGCACAAGGUACAGGAAGGGCUUGUUCUGGUACGAUGUAACGGGAUUAGGCGACUCUGUCUCCUUCAGCGAAAUGAAAAUCCGUGAACGUGCCGGGAAGUGACAGCCUCAUGACACGGAAGACUCUGUCGGUUGAUCAUGUGUUCACGUGUUUGUUUGUCUGUCUGUUUGUGUGUUUGUUAUUGUUGUUGUUGUUGUUGUUUGAGGGAGGGAGACUCACAAUUUGAGAACAACGCCGAGAUCUAGUGGCUUGUUCACUUUUGUCUGUCUAUGUUUUAAAAGAAUAUAUGUUAGCUCAUUUAUUAAUUUACAUUUUCCCACGAAACUUUGCAUGGCAUUUCUGUAGGUCAGUGACCAACCAAUUUUAAAAAAAUCUUGAUCCUGUA